ACUAGACACGGAGUCACAUGACUAAAAAAUGGCAGCGCCCAUGGAAGAUACUGAACGAAAACGGUUAUUAGAUUCAUCCAAUUCAAGUGUGAAUGAUGAGGAUGAUUCAGAAUUUAGAGUUUAUGGAAGGAGAUGGUUUAUUCUGGCUGUUGUAUUUCUUCUAAAUCUAACCAAUGGAAUGAUAUGGAUUACCUUCUCCCCCAUCGCAGACACAGCUGUUCCAUACUACAAGAUCACUCCAUUCCAGCUGAACAUUCUAGUUCUAGUGUUUGCAAUAGCCAGUGUACCAUUUGGCUUUGCUGCAUCAUGGUUGUUGGAUACCCUGGGACUCAAAAUGAGUCUUAUUUUAGCAGCCUGGUUGAAUGGUUUGGGAAGCUUUCUAAGAAAUGUCAGCACCUUUGAAUCUGUCCCUGUUGACUAUAGGUUCACAGUCUGUCUGAUAGGACAGAUUCUAGCAGCCUGUGCUCAGCCUUUCAUUAUGUUUUCACCAACUAAGCUGGCCGCCCUUUGGUUUGCUGGGGAUCAGCGGGCAACUGCUAACAUGAUAGCAUCUAUGGCUAACCCUCUUGGCAUUUUGGCUGCUAAUAUUCUUGCUCCAGCUGUUGUUCAGCAACAGAAGGAUAUUCCAACACUGUUGUGGGUAAUAACUGCCCCGACUCUUUUUACCAUGGUGAUGGCCACAUUCGGAGUACGUAGCUCCGUACCUCCUACCCCACCAACCUCAAGUGCUGAAGAAAAGUCAGAACCAUUCUUCGCGGGGCUUAAAAAGAUAAUAAAGAACAAGAAUUACUGGGUGCUGAACUUUGUGUUUGGAGCCGGCCUUGCCCUGUUUACUGUGUUCUCUUCCUUCCUGGAUCAGAUGCUGUGUCCUCGAGGAUAUACUGAUACAUAUGCUGGCAUGUGUGGAGCGCUGAUGAUAGGAGUGGGGUCUAUAGGGGCCGUGUUUGCCGGCUUGUACGUGGAUCGCACAAAACGGUUUGAAGAGGUUGUGAAAUUCUGUUGGUGCCUCAGUACUGUGUUUGGUAUAGCCUUUACUCAGGUUUCGAGAUUCAGAGACCAGCAAGUUCUAGUAGCUUUGGCUGUAGCGUUGUUUGGGGGUUUUGGGUUCGCCAUCUAUCCGAUAUGUAUGGAACUAGCUGUAGAGGUCACAUAUCCUAUAGCUGAGGCCACUAGUGCAGGUCUUAUGGUCAUAUCAGGGCAAAUUCAGGGCAUCAUCUACUUGCUUCUUAUGCAGUUUAUAGCCCAAGAUCUCUCAGAGGAAGAGUUGGAAAAGGGAACUGGUUGCAGCACCAGUAACCAGAAAGCCAAUGACUUCACACCCCAGGACUGGACAGUGCCAGGAAUGUUUGUGAGUGGAAUCGCAGCCUUGUCUUCAGUGGUACUCAUAGCCUUUUUCAGAGCUGAGUACAGACGCAUGAACGCCGAACAACGAAAAGCUGCCGAGAAAAUUAUGAAUCAAACUAUAGUUAUAUCGCCACCUUCAUACAACACGUGAUAGUUUUACUUUUACUGUUCGGAUAUUAUGGGUAUGUAUGGGAAUGUAUGGGAGUAUGGGACCAUUUUGAUCAAAUAUCCUAAGAUAAAAAAAAGCUUUAGAUGAAAAACAAGCAUCACACAUUGAAUUGUAUGAUUUCUGUGCAAAAUCAAUUAAACAUUUCCAAUAAAGCUAUUGGUUUUGAAAUAGAUAUUCACACUUCACAGAAAUGUCAAUUAAAAAAAAUCAAAUGAUGCACUGUUAAGUUGACUCUGGUACUGUGUGCUUUGGCUGUUUAAGAAUUGUUUGUUUGCAAUGGCCCGUCCAGCCACAUACCAAAUGCACUGAAUGGAUUUUUGUUUUCAAAUGUCUUUAGAGUAAGCAUAGAUUUUCUUUUUCUGUUCUAACUUCACUUUUUUAAUAUUCAGUCAUGAUGACACAUAGUCAAUAUAUCCCCAUCCACAGGAAAGUCCAGGGUCAAUAUAUCUCCAUCCACAGGAAAGUCCAGGGUCAACUUUGAAAAAGAUCUUUAUGUACACUAAACUUUAGCUGGUAUUUAAGAUAAUUACAAGGUUGAGGAAAUGGAGAAAUAAACCUUCUUGUCAUUUGUGAUGUUCCUACAUAUUUAAGUGUUUUUUAAUAUAUGACUAAGGCAGGGUUGUGACCCUCUGGCUGUGCUAGAGUCUUAGAGAUGUAUAUUUGUUUCUCAAGAAAGGUAGAUUUGAGUUUCUUUAGUUGUUGUGUAUUUUUGUGUGUUUUAGGUACACUUUAUAUAAACAUAUUGCCAUGGAUGCAUUUACUAGAUGGAAAAUUCAUACAAAAGAAAUGAAUAUUAAAAAGAUAGUGGUAAGCAUUUCAAUGGAUACUUUAUGGAGUAGCAAAAGAGUUCUUGUCUGGUGUUUCUUCUUGUCUUUAAUGUCACAUUUGUUAAAAAAUCAUCUAGUGCAAGGGUCGAAUCUUAUUUUGGGACGAUUGUCAUAGGGUACGAAUGUGACAUUCAGUUGUGUUUGGGCUAAACAUUAGCUUGACUUUGUUUAAAACAAUUAAUAUGCUGACAUUUAGGAAUUAAAUAACAUUUUAAAUGACUGUCUUUGAAAAAAAUCAUUCAUUCACAUUAGAAUGCUAAAAAACAAAAUGACUAAGAUCCAUGGAAUGGAAUGGAAUGGAAUGGGGUACCUAGUUACCACUGCAAACAAAACAAUACUUGAGUCUGGCCUUAUCUUACGCUGAGAUUAUUCUGUGUAUCAGUGCCAAGGACCUGGUGUUAUACACCUUUAUAAACAGUGUCUGUAAUUAUGACUUAUUAUUACAUUGUAUCUUGAUUCUACCUAUAAAUGGCCGUGCUAUUAUGUUUGUAAAAUACUCUUAAUGAUUUAUAUGUUUAUAUUUUUUUAAUUUGUUGUUUAUUGUAAUGUUAUUAAUGACAAUAAAGUGAUCAAAUUUUA